AUGGCGGUUAAGGUAUGGGUGGUGGCAAUGAUGCUGAUGCAUCACUGUUUCGACGUAGGGCUUGGAGACGCUGGAGGCGAUGGCCUGUGCCUGGGCUCGCCCGACUACGGCGACGCGCUGGCCAAGGCCAUCCUGUUCUUCGAGGGGCAGAGGUCGGGGCGGCUGCCGGCUAACCAGAGAGUCCAGUGGCGCGGCAACUCCGCGCUCGCCGACGGCCGGCCUGAAAACGUUAACCUGACGGGUGGAUACUACGACGCCGGCGACAACGUCAAGUUCGGGUUCCCGAUGGCCUUCACGGUGACCCUUCUGAGCUGGAGUGCCAUCGAGUUCCGCGGCGACGUCGCGGCGGUGGGGCAGCUGGGCAACCUCCGGGCCGCGAUCCACUGGGGCGCCGAUUUCCUGCUCCGCGCACACACAUCUCCCACCACCCUCUAUACCCAGGUGGGGGACGGGAACGCCGACCACGGGUGCUGGGAGCGGCCGGAGGACAUGGACACGCCGAGGACUCUGUACAAGAUCACCGCGGACUCGCCCGGGUCGGAGGUCGCCGGCGAGGCGGCUGCGGCGCUUGCAGCGGCCUACCUAGUGCUCAAGGAAGACGGUGACAAGGCGUUCGCCUCGCGUCUCCUGGCCGCGUCCAAAUCGCUCUUCGAGCUGGCCAACAAUUACAGGGGGUCCUUCCAGUCCUCCUGCCCAUUCUACUGCUCCUACUCCGGCUAUCAGGAUGAGCUGCUCUGGGCCUCGGCAUGGCUCCACCGGGCGACCAGGGAUGGCAAGUACCUCGACUUCCUGCGUCAGAACCAGGGCUCCAGCAACCCCGGCAACGAGUUCAGCUGGGACAACAAGCAGGUCGGAGCCCAGAUGCUCGCAACACAGGAGUAUUUGAAAGGAAGGAGAGAUCUGGCGAGGUACAAGGCCAACUUGGACUCCUUCGUCUGCGCCCUCAUGCCUGACAGCGGCGGCACGCAGAUACGCACAACUCGUGGAGGGCUUCUGUUCACACGCGAUUCGGUGAACAUGCAGUACGCCACCACGGCGGCGCUCGUCCUCUCCGUCUACUCCAAGACGCUCAGGUCCUGGGGCGGCUCCGACGGAGUCCGCUGCAGCGCCGCGAGCUUCUCCCCGGACCAGAUCGCUUCGUUCGCAGCAUCACAGGUCGACUACGUCCUGGGGAGCAACCCCAUGGGCAUGUCGUACAUGGUGGGCCACGGCGACGCGUUCCCGAGGCGCAUCCACCACCGCGCCUCCUCCAUCCCGUCCGUCGAGGUUCUCAGCCGGGCGGUCCCCUGCAAUGAAGGCUUCUCCUCGUGGCUGCCGACGAGCGACCCCAACCCGAACGUCCAUGUCGGCGCCAUCGUCGGAGGGCCUGAUGAGAACGACCAGUUCGGCGACAACAGGGGGGACUCCGCGCACUCCGAGCCGGCGACAUACAUCAACGCCGCCUUUGUGGGUGCAUGUGCUGCUGCCAUGGGGCAGAGUCAGAAACCUGCGUCGCCCACUUUAUCGACUUACAAGUAGAUCACAAAGAUACCAUAUGCACUCGUACUCGUUCCACGCAACGUGAGAUACUAGUAUACUACUACCUAUAUAUAUACACGUUCUGUUGCUGAAUUUCCACGUGUAAUGUACUUGUAGCGUAUCC